GACAGAGGCGCUCAACUUCAAUGCGAAGUUGUUUGAUUCAGAGCUGGAGGAUUUACCUUAUGUAUCUUCAGCCAUAAAUAUUCUUCCCUCAGAAAGUUUCACAAACAAGGUUACAUCAUGACAUCUGAUGUGUAAUCUUUACAGAGUGAUUAUUCUGCAUUUUGAGCAUUUUGCUCUUUCAUUAUCUUGUCUAAUUGCAUGCAUUUGCCUACACCAGAAGGAAUCAUCUUAGGACAUCAGACAUAGUCAUUACAAGGAUAAACUUAGGUGAGGUAGAGAACUAAGAUACUCUGAGAUCACAGGAAUAUUCUUGCUAGCUAAAGAUGAUUCAUCAGGAAAUGUUAAUGUAGGGUCACAGUAAUAUUCAGGUGAGAAGCACAAACAAGCUGGAUUUGUUUGUCUCAAACCUAGCUUUCAGUAUUUGAGGUUUUUGCCUUAGUUCUUUAUGGUGAUUUUAACUUUUGGGUAAGAUUGUCCUGAACCAGUCAUUAAAGCAAACUAGCGAAAGAGAUCUAGCACUGCAUUUAUCCUAGUCAAUACAACGCAAACACGACUGUAAGUAGAUUCAUCCAAAGACAGACCAGUGGGUUCACAUGACUCAAUAAAUACCUUACACCUUCAUUGCUUUGCUGAACACUAUUAACUUACCCCCAAACUUCUUAAUUCUGGGCUGGCAGGGAAAGUGCACAGUUGAUAGGGGCAGAUAUGGUGCAGUUUCCAUACAUCGAGGGACAGCUGUGCUCCUGUCAAGACUGCAUAAGGAAGGAAAUGUAUCUUCUAAAAGGACUGCACUACUUCAGCUUUCCCAAAGAUAGUUGUGCUCUGUGCUACAUGCUAUUAGCACUUCAUGGAUUCAUUCACAGUAGGAAAGAAUCUUGAACCAAAUGGUGUUGGACUCGUGACCAAAGGACUAACUCAAGAGUCUUCGGGUCUGGCUGGGUUGUCUAAAUUGACCUGGAAUGGCUACAUAUUUCUUACUUUUUUUCCUCCUGGCUACACAGGCAAUUUUCUAUGCCAAAACGACCAGUGUCCUAGACAUAAAAUUCAAUAAAAUUAAAGUGCUCAGUCAUAGAGCUUGUUCUGCACAAACUAUUGCCAAACAUGAGGCAGAUGAGCCUCUUCAUGUAAUAUUAAACCUCUCAGCACUCACAUUAUCCCACCUCAGAAGAGUUAUGAUACCAUAUGAAAAACACCAUCCAUAUGAAGAAAAACUUUCAGUCCUUUACUUCAAUAUUUUUAAAACCGUCGACAUGAAAAGCAACUUUAACGCAACAGGGUGACGACAGGUUAUAUAUAGCAUGUAAAACUGAAGCCACACAGAGUUAUUAAAGCCGCACUCCCUCACCUCCCUAGCUGUACCUUCACGUGAGGCCCGGGCAGGAGGACACCUGGCUCCCGGAGGCGCCAUGAUGGCUCCCAACGCUCUCGACCCCGGCCUGGCCCCGCUGCCCACCGGGCUCCGCCGCCACUGCCGCCGCUCCCGCCCGCCCGUGACGCUCCCCACGGCGGCGCCCGCCGGAAGCGCGGCCCGAUCUGAGGGGAGCCGGCGGUACCUCCGUGCGCAUGCGGUGCCGCCACCGCCGUCGCCCCGCCCCGCGGCGCAUGCUCGACGGGAGUAUCGCGGAGCAGCGCGGCAGCCGCCGCGGCGUGGUUCCCCUUUGACCCCGCCGCCGCCGCCGCCAUGGUGCUGGAGAGCCUGGCCCGCAUCGUCAAGGUCCAGCUGCCCGCGUACCUCAAGCGCCUGCCGCUGCCCGAGAGCGUCGGCGGCUUCCUCCGCCUCACAGUUGCAGAAUGGCUGCGGUUAUUGCCUUUCCUGGGCGUGCUGGCCUUGCUCGGUUACCUCGCUGUUCGCCCGUUCCUCCCCAAGAAGAAACAGCAGAAGGAUAGCUUGAUUAACCUGAAGAUCCAGAAGGAAAAUCCAAAAGUAGUGAAUGAAAUAAACAUUGAAGAUCUGUGCCUCACUAAAGCUUACUGCAGGUGUUGGCGUUCUAAGACGUUCCCUGUCUGUGAUGGCUCCCACAACAAGCACAAUGAAUUAACAGGAGAUAAUGUAGGUCCACUAAUACUCAAGAAGAAAGAAGUAUAGCAGAUGCUUAAUCCACUAGAUCAUGACUGAUUAAAAAGUCUUUUUAUACCAUUGUAGUUGCAAGGGACAGCAUUUUAUUAUGUGAUUGGUAUGAUUUAAUCUAAUGAUUGCUGUAGAUUUCUUUUUGGAAUAAACUGCAUUUAGACAGUG